GUUCUCGUUGAAUUCCCGAGAUUAUCCUAAUUCCACCGACGUCGAGCAGUAGCGGCGACAACCGCCAUAGCCAUUGGAGAAAACCUUCCCCCUCUCUCUCUCUUCGACCGAGAAUGGUCCGUCAAUCCAUGAGGCGUUUUCUGCAGAACAUGGGUCUGGCUAAUGACGUGUUGAAGAGACAGGGGCACCGUACAAGGUUAGUGUCUGCCGUGCUUAGUAGACAUCAGUCGCAAGUGUCGAAGACCGAGGAGCCCGAAGCCGGUGAGACGAAGAGAAACGGGGGUCGGGUUUCUCCGGGGUCUGAAGGGCAGAGGAAGAUGGUACAUGGUUCUGGGAUGAGCAGGCAUAGCUCUGAUGAUGAGGAUUUGGGUGAUGGUAAAUGGAAGAUUGAACUAGCUUGGCUCACGAAGGCUUUGGAACCGGCGCUGCAGAUGUGCAGGUGGGCUUUGCCAACAGGAAAUGGAGGUCAAAGCAGAAGCGGGUCACCACCAACUGCUAGGUCUGUUUCAGAGAUCAUUGCAAGCAUCCAACGGAGUAAAAUGGGAGUCCAAGACUGGAGCCUAAGUGAUCUUACUGUGGGCUUGUAUCUUAUUUAUCUUCGUCAAGAAUCUGCAAAUCCUUUAGAGCAUAUAAAUGGCAUUUUGAUAUCUUCUGAUGCAAUAGUCCAAGAUCUCAUGUAUCACACUGAAUUGGCAAAAGGUUGUUAUAAGGAUAGUGCUGCCGGUCUUGCUAGAAACAGCAUGCUUCGAGAAAGCAACGUGUUAAAAUUUGUGAAAAACUCUAGCAUCUUGAGGCCUGGUUACUACAUAGGAAUCGAUCAUCGCAAGAAACUUGUAAUAUUUGGAAUUCGCGGAACACACUCCGUGUAUGAUCUGAUCACUGAUGUUGCCUCUUCAAGCCAUGAAGAAGUCACAUUUGAGGGCUACUCAACCCAUUUUGGUACUACUGAAGCUGCACGUUGGUUUCUUGCUCAUGAGAUUGGAACUAUCAAGCAGUGCUUAGAUAAGCAUGAGGGGUUUAGGUUAAGGAUAGUUGGUCAUUCUCUUGGUGGUGCUAUAGCUUCUUUACUUGCAAUAAUGCUGCGCAAGAAAUCAAAAAAGGAGUUGGGCUUCAGUCCAGAACUUGUUUCUGCUGUUGGAUAUGCAACACCACCUUGUGUUUCCAGAGAGCUAGCUGAAAACUGCUCUGACUUUGUAACAACUGUCGUUAUGCAGGAUGACAUAAUACCAAGAUUAAGUGUCGCCUCAUUGACAAGACUGAGAAAUGAGAUUCUCCAGACUGACUGGACUAGUAUAAUUGAAAUGGCAGACUGGAAAAGUAUCAUUGAACUGGUUUCAAACGCAAAACAGGUUGUCUAUUCGGUUCAAGAUGUGGCAAGGAAACUUGCUGAUUAUGCUAAAUUCAGUACUAACAAAGAAUAUUUGGAUUCAUCCAUCCGACAGGAAUCAGCUAUCGUUCCGAAAGUUCCCCCCAUGUCCAAACCCACAGCAAAGGGUGAUGCUGUUGUGGAGAAGGAACAAAUAAUGCCCGAGGAGUUAUUCGUGCCAGGUACUGUGUAUUACCUGAAGAGAAAUACGGACUGUAACUCAAAUAGUAAUAUUGAGUACUUCACUCUAUGGAGACGGCAUCCUGGGGAUCAUUUUCAGAGGAUAGUGCUCUCCAGCAAUUUAAUUUUGGACCACAAAUGUGACAGCCAUUACUACGCAUUAAGAGAUGUACUCAAAGGUUUGCCAGCAUCAACUAACGACGACGUCUUAUUCCAAUAAAAAAAGGCAUUUAUUGUAGAGUCUACCCCCGGCAUCUGGUGAACAGAACAAUGCAUGCUGGGGAAGUUCCAUCUUCUGUGAGGCUUAUCAGCAUGUAUCACCCCCAUCCUUGAGUCUCAUAUCAUAAACGAAAGGAGAUCCCAUAUCAGAAUUGAGUUGAUCUUAAAUUUUUGUAAUCAUAUGCAUUUAUUUUAUCUGUCUGGGACAAAAGUGCUCGUGCUCCAUAGCAUGGCAGCGGGUUUGUGCUGGUGCGGAUGAACGUGGUUGAAAUCGGUCCUAAGCACGUUGCUCUCGCAAGACGGCAAACUUUGAUGUGGGCCUCUUGCUUACCGGUGGACUGGUGAAUGGUUUUUCUUCUUUGAAUUACUCUUCAGAAUGAUCUCACCACUGGAAAAUUGUCAAUGUAGAAUGCUUAGUGUAUUUUAUGGAUAAUGAGCAUAUUUUCAUCUUAUUUCA